GGCGAUCCCUCCUUCCGCUCUUGCCAGCUCGACUGAUCCUCCGAAGAGGCGAUGGCUGCGCCGCGCGUCCUCGAGUGGAUCUUCGCGUUCUACUUCCUCAUUCACGUCCCGAUCACUUUACUCUUCAAUCUGCAGCCGUUGCUGCCUGGAGUUUACCCUGCCGCCCUAACCGAUGCAUUGACCUGGUACGCAACUAAAUUCAAGGAUCCAUUGGUGGUAAACCCAGAACCCUGGUUCCAGUGUUUCCUUUACUGCGAAGGUUUUCUACAAUUGUUUUUCUUUCCCGUUGCUGCCUACGCCUUCUGGAAAGGGAACUGCAAGUGGAUCCGGACUCCUGUGAUUAUCUACGCAACGCACGUAACGACAACGGUGGUCGCUUGCCUGGCCCACAUCCUGUUUACGGAUUUCUCCAACGCUAAAGUCCCGAGUCCACAGACUCUGCAGGAACGCUUGACCCUAUCUGCUUUCUACGCCCCUUUCUUAGCAAUUUCUCUUGCGAUGCUGCUCUUUGUACUGUUCAGCUCUGCUUAUAAGCCAGUUGAAAAAAAGAAGAAGAAAUAAAACCUUUGGCUUUUCUCCUUUGGGAAGGAAGACGUGCCAAUUAGA